AUGUACCCAUCUCCACCUCCUGUCGCCUUCCAGGGCGCGCGCCUCUUCAUCGAGAAGAUGAAUCAACGUCUUGAGCAACUCUACCUCCUCGGUGUGCUGAGGGUCAAAUUGCAAGCAAACGCAGACGGCCUACCCUCAUUCGUCGCCAUGCCUGACAGGCCUCUCCACUUUUCGGUACCAACUGAUUAUGACCGGAAAGAUCUAUCCGAGGAGCUUCAAUCCUUGUUUACGGCUGGAGCAGAAGAUAUUGCUACGAAAGCCAUGGAACAAUUCCAUUCUGUCAGCCUUCAGAUUUCAGCAGAUAUCAAUGCCAUGCACGAUUUUCUGGCAAAGUCGACCACCAGUGUCACGGCUCGGGAACUGGCGGUUGCUGGCGACACCCUUACUAGGUAUCAUAAGACUAUGGCCCGCAUCGUUAGAUAUGAUGAUCGCAUUGUGGUCGGCGAAAACUCCCCCAAACUGAUCAACGAUUUUUGCAACGAAAUGGUCAAAGCAGGAUUCGAAACACAACGCGCUUAUGCCUUGGGGUUUGUGGCACGGGCAGCCGAACAUGUGGAAAAGUUCCUUGAAUGGCAACUGAAUGCGGAUUUGUUGAUGUCUAUGAAACAGGUGAUGUUUGGUUUCGUCGGGCCAUCGGGUGAUGAGGAAGUGCGCUCGGAACAAGAGGUUAAUUGA